AUGGGUGACAAAAUUUCAAAGCCACAAGAGAUUUUCCGCAUUGAAAGCAAAAGCUGUUUUCAAAUUCCACAUUGGUUGCCAUACAAAAUCGAUAAAAGUAAAAUGGCAUGUGAAGAAAAGAUAAGCUAUAUUAUUGCUAGUGUUGGGUUGGAUAAAAAGCUAUACACUUAUGACUCAGGGUUUUCUUCAUUGGCAUUUAAAGAUGAUGGUUGGACACUGGCAGCUGGUACUGGUAAUGGUAGAGUGGUGUUCUGUGAUAUUCGGGGAAAACUACAGCCUUUUACUGUUCUUCGUGCUUAUAGUAGUUCGGAUAUCAUGUUCUAUAAUGGAACUAAUGAUAUUAAUUGGAUGUCACUGCUUGCUUGUUUGUGCUCCAACUUCAAAGUGUUUUGUGUAAAUGGAAAAUCAAAACCAGCCAUUGUUAAUGAGAGUACUUGCACUGCUGAGACUGCUCUUUUGGGAGGUGCAAUGGAGGAUUCUGUUCUUAUGCCAGACCCACUUCCAUCUGAUGUGACGAAGUCUUUUACAGCAUUGGAAUCUACCCCUACACCAUCUUCCAAGAGUGAAGAGACCUCCAUCACUUCUCCAGAAGCUUUGGGUGGUGACAAGAUAUCUGACAAAUUUGCUCAGCUUCGCCAGCUGCCAUCUCUUUUUGGGAUGCCAGCUUCUGGUGGUCUGACAACGAGCUCUAUUUAUGCUGGACAAGAUCAGUCUUCAAUGCUCAGUCAGACCAGUUCUAACCUGAGCUAUGAAAAUUUGCACCCGAAGGAUGUCUCUUCAAAUCAGGAGAUUUCUUCAUUGGGAUUUCCUGAACAUUUCUCCUCGAGCUCCAUGUCUGCUUUAUCUUUUGGUUCAAAAGGGAUUACUAGAGCUGGCAGCCUUGACUCACCAAAACUAGCUUCUUUAGCACCGCCUCGAAGGUUUUCAACAUAUGCCGAGAGAAUUAGUACUACAUCUGCUUUUAGCGAUGGAACAUCCCAUUUGGUGGCUUCUCCAAAAACAAAGAAAACGGGAGCUGAAACCAGAGAAGAGCUGUUUAAUAGCCUGUUAUCGAGGUCUGAUUCAUUGACUGCAGCGGCAUCAGGAGUUCUUCCAGCAAUGAAUGUAUGA